AUGGGAAGUCAUAAAUUGCUGAUACUUUUUCUGGAUACCGCAUUAGUUAUGGAAUGUAUCUCAUUUUUGCAUAAUGCUCGGAUGUUUACCACUUCGACAACCUCGAAACCAGGCUGUUUGAUUUACAACGAUGAGCAGUUACAUAUUAUUAUGGAUCGAGUAUGCGAAAUUUGUCAUGAAAUGUAUUCACAUCAAUAUCCGAAUACGAGGGCCGAUUGCAGGUCAGACUGUUUCCGCAGCAAACAUUUUCACUCAUGUUUGGAGCAUUUUCGUCCUAUAAUUCCAUACGGCUAA